UCUGUCUCCUCCAGCAGCAGCAGCACCCGGCUUCUGUGACUCUCUGAUUUACUCUUUGAUUCACCGCAGCAGCCUUGGAACCGUACCGGACUCUAUCUUCUUCUUCUUUUCUUCCUUUUUUUGUUCCACUGUGCAGCAUGGAGUCCGCCACUGGGGAAUAUGUUGACAACUACGAGUACUAUGAUGACAAUGAGACUGUCUGUGACUUCUCAGAGUGGGAGCCCUCCUACUCCCUCAUCCCGGUGCUCUACAUGCUGAUCUUCAUCCUGGGCCUGUCAGGGAACGGCGUGGUCAUCUUCACCGUCUGGAGGUCGAAAUCCAAACGCCGAGCUGCUGAUGUCUACAUCGGGAACCUGGCCUUCGCUGACCUGACCUUUGUGGUGACCCUACCUCUCUGGGCGGUGUACACAGCGCUGGGCUACCACUGGCCCUUCGGCGUGGCUCUGUGUAAGAUCAGCAGCUACGUUGUGCUGGUCAACAUGUACGCCAGCGUUUUCUGCCUCACCUGCCUGAGCUUUGACCGCUACCUGGCCAUCGUGCACUCUCUGUCCAGCAGCAGGCUGCGCUCGCGGGGAACCAUGCUGGCGUCCCUGGGGUGUAUCUGGCUGCUGUCCGGCCUGCUGGCUGUGCCCACGCUGCUCUUCCGCACCACUAUGAACGACACCAACAGCAACCGGACCACAUGCGCCAUGGACUUCAGCAUAGUGACCAUGAACCAGAGGCACGAGUCCUUCUGGAUCGCAGGACUCAGCUUGUCCUCGUCCGCCUUGGGUUUUCUUCUACCUUUCCUGGCCAUGACCAUCUUCUACUGCUUCAUUGGCUGCACAGUCACACGUCACUUCAACAACCUGCGCAAGGAGGACCAGAAGAAGAAGAGGCUGCUGAAGAUCAUCACCACGCUGGUGGUGGUUUUUGCCUUCUGCUGGACUCCCUUUCAUGUGCUGAAGAGCAUGGACGCUCUGUCCUACCUGAACCUGGCUCCCAACUCCUGCGGCUUCCUGCGCUUCCUGCUGCUGGCUCACCCCUACGCCACCUGCUUGGCCUACGUCAACAGCUGCCUCAACCCGUUCCUGUACGCCUUCUUUGACCUGCGCUUUCGUUCCCAGUGCCUGUGCCUGCUCAACCUGAAGAAGGCCAUGCAUGGCCAGAUGAGCUCCAUGUCCUCCACGCUGAGCGCCCAGACUCAGAAGUCAGAGAUUCAUUCUCUGGCCACAAAGGUGUAGAGAGUAAAAGGGAAGGUGGAGCGGUCACUGCGGGACGGUCCCAGCUCCCACCACUGGAACACUUGAAAACACAGACUUUACGUGUCCGUUAUUCGAAGCUGGUAAGAUGAGAUGAUGAACUUUGACUUGCCACCGCUCACAGUUAUGAAAUCCAUUACAUGUGCCUCCUGUUCUGCAGUGAGAGGUGUCAUCGAGCAGCUGGAGGCAGCUGGCUGAACUCCUUCGCUGCUCUGUUGAUCGAAUUCUCAGAGAAAAAAUAUCUAUUUUUUUGUUUUGUCCUGCUCUACAAAAGUUCUCAACUGUAUCAUGGAAGGUGCCCGAAAUGUCUGAUUUUAAAAACACAAGAUGAACUGUAGGAAUUGUGAAUGGAUUUUGCAUAGAAGUCUUUUUAAACUGGAUCAAACAUAAAGCUGUACAGUAUUUUCAUACCAUGACAUUUUGUUUAAAUGCUGUUUUGUUUUAGAAGCACUUGUUUUAAAGAAAUGUGUGAGCAGGGAAACAGAGCAGUGUCAUCCUGAGAGAUUGUUGUUUGUGAUAGUGGGAGUCUG